CCUAAGCACACUCGUACCUGCAGCCGCCACGUAUGCUGCUGAGUUCCAAGCAGACAGCAUAUUCGCUUCACAGACCGCCGCACCCAGUGCUAUGGAUGCUGAUGACCGCGUCGCCGCGGAUGAUAAGAUCAAUCGUUCGAAAGACGGCGACUUUUCAAGCAGCAGAUUACUCGCAGUCGUGAAUGACGGGUCAUACACGGUGUCAGCCUCGCCCAGGUUCAAGAGGGGGCGGAAGGUUUCUCGACGCAGGACGCAUUGGUCAUGAAGUUCGCUGGUGCUUGGCACACCCCUCCCCCUUUUUAUUUAUAUUUCCUUUUCUCUUCCCUUUACCCCUUCCUAUGUUUUUUCUUCCUCGUCUUGUCCAAAGCAAUGGCCUACAGCAGUGAUCAUUCAUACAUAAAGGCGGACGCAGUGACCUGUUUCAGAAGAUCUUAUUUAGACGCACAAGGCAUGAGAGGCCAGGGACCUUUGUUUUUUUCUUUUUUCUUUUUUCUUUGGAAGAUUCAUCUGUAUCUCACGAUGAGGCAUCGUUUUAGGCUGGGUUGUUCAUGAUCGAUAUUAUCAGCUGUCAGUUACGGAUGCAUGAUAUUAGGCGGGCUCAACUCUAUGGCACGGAUUGGUAUGCAUCCUCUUAGGACAGAGGACUUAUUGCAAAUGAAAAGCUAUAUACAGUG